GCCCCACCAGUGUUCAGAAAUCUGCAAUUAAAUGGGAGCCAGUGAAAAUGCAGCGCCUGAUGAAAAGGCUCAUCAGCUAACAACCCUGGAGAGCCAUUCUCCCCACAUUGAGUGAAUCAGAAGUUGGUGGAGGUGAUCAGAGUAAUUGAUCAGAGCUCAUUGGCUGAGAGAGGGAGUCUUGCUCUCUCCCAGUGUGUUUCCACUGCCCUAAAGAGGAAAGCUAUAAGAAGGAUGCUCAAAGGCUCUUCCGGAUGGCCUCUGUUUGUGUGGUGGCAAAAUGGACCAUCUGCAGGUAUCGGAGUUUCUUCCAGACGCAUCCAUGUGUUCCCUCUGCGUUGAGCUGUUUAAUGAGCCGGUGACUUUAACCUGUGGCCACAAUUAUUGCAAUGCUUGCAUUGUACGAUACUGGCGUGGAUCUCUAAGAAACGUCUUUUGCCCGCAGUGCAAGCAGAUCUUCGCAGAAGUAACCCUUAGGCCCAACAGGCAGUUGGGGAAUAUCGCGUGGAUCAUUAAGCAGAUCCAGCAACAAGGUGGGGUGCCCGCAAGCCGCCGGAACCGGUGUGAGGUUCACCAGGAGCCCACCAAGCUUUUCUGCAAAGAUGACUACGUUCCCUUAUGCUCCAAAUGUGAGAAGUCUAGAGUGCACUGCAACCACAUUGUCGCUUCGGUAGAAGAUGCUGCUGAAGAAUACAAGUAUGAAAUCAAAGUGUUCAUAGAUGUUCUGAAGCUACUCCGAGAGAACAUACGUGAAAGUUUUUCUGAUGUGCGGGAAGAAAAGCGCAACCUUGUGAAACUUGUAGAUAACUUGGCCCAGACAAUCAGCGUGGACUACAAGGAGCUGUAUGACGUGGUGAGGGUGGUGCAAAUGGAGCAAAUGAUUCUGGCCAAGGCAAUUGAGAGGGAGAUCGAAAGCGAAUUUUCCAACCUCCUUAGGAAGCACAGCAGUAUGAAAAAGUACAUCCAUGAGCUGGAGAAAAAGUGUGAUCAGCCAGCUUGUCAAUUUCUUCAGGGCAUCAAAGAGACUAUGAACAAGUGCAGAGAAGAGUCCCUGAACACCCCGGAAUGUGCUCCUCCUGCCUUGAAGGAGAAAAUGUGGGAGCUGGCUCUUGGGAACCUGUCCAUUCAAAACACCCUGAAAAAAUGCCGAGAUGCCUUGCCACUGAAGAUAAAGACAGAAAGAGAGAACAUAACCCUGGAUCCCUUCACGGCCCAUUCCCGGCUGAUCGUGUCUGCAAGCAGAAAGAUGGUGACGUACGAUUCCUCAUCUUGCACCUCGGUUUCCAGUCCUCUAGGUUUCGACACCACCCCUUGUGUGCUGGGGUGUGAGGGGUUUUCCUCGGGGAGGCAUUGCUGGGAAGUCGAGCUGACCUCAGAGGGAGAAGGCUGGGCUCUGGGGGUUGCGAAGGAAUCUGUGCAGAGGACGGGAGAGGUGAUGGUUGGCUUUGACCAGGGAAUCUGGGUGCUUCAACCUGAGGACUCAGCUCUGCUCCAGCACAAAGCAGGCACCUUCAAGAUCCGCGUUUAUCUGGACUACGAGGGAGGGUGCCUGGAAUUCUUCCAUUCCCCUUCCAGGGAGCUGAUUGCAACGAUGCCCUAUAUUACUUUCCUCGGAGAAAAAAUCUUCCCCUUCUUCAGGCUGGCGACUUCGAACUGUCAGAUAAAAGUUUGCUUUUGAGGUCUCUGGGAGAUCCUUUAAUGGAGGGGUGCCGAUAGACCGAUGUUGGUCAGUCCAGCCCCUGGGCACUUUUGGCCCAAACUCAACAAGCAUAAAAGCAAGGGGGAAGGGGAGGGGAGGUAUACAAGGGGAAGGAGUCUAGAACGAAGGGGGGGGGAUCAGCACAUGCAACACGAGACAGGAGGGAGUGUCUCAAGGGAAGGAGGAUAGGGUCAGGACAGAGUCAGACCUGGGGAGAAAUGGCUUAAUGGAUGAAGUGCUUUUGGUAUCACUGAGGUUUACCAUUUUUCCAUGUGUUGCCUCCUGCCUCUCAAUACUGUGACUUGUUUUGAAGGGUGCAAAUAAAUAAUAAAGCAGUUGAACAUUUAUCGGAAGG